GGGGAGCAAGAAUCGAUAGAAAUUUAGCUCGCUCCCGCGCCGCGCCUGGCAAUUGCCCGCGCAGGGUCUUGGGGCAGAGGACUUCUGCUCUGCGACUCUGCCAGUGCGACCUGCUGCGGCAACACAACCUCACGACGACGUUGCUUCGAGUGCGACGAUUGCACCAUUGCACAGAGGCUUUUUGACAAUUCGACAACCCAGCGAGCGCGACGCCUCGACAGUGCCCGCGGCGGCUCAUCAGCAGGCCGGCCACAGCCCACCUCCACCACUUUGCCCACCGCACCGAUUUCCACCGGGCUCGCAGCCAUGUUACUGUAGGACGACGCGAGCAGGAGCUGCACCAAAACCACCGUCACUUCGGAUCUCACUGCCUGAUCCCGCUCCCUGAUAUUCGACGCUCGCCGAACCACCUUCUCGCCUUCUGCACCUCCCCUUUGCAGACCGACACACCAACACACCGCACCACACCCUGCGCCACGUCCAUUGCGGCACCAUGGCGUGGCAGCCACAACAAGGGCCGCUCAACCAGCUGGCACAGUGCUUGCGCGACUCUCUCAGUGGCCAUGACGUUCAAGCUCAAAAAAAUGCCGACCAGAUGCUGCGGCAAGCCAAAACCUCACCGGAUAUCAACAACUACUUAGUGUAUCUCUGCACAACCCCCACCUCAAAUACCGGGCUCGAUCAAGCAGCAUAUCAUGCAGCACGUAGUGCCGCCGCGAUUCUGCUCAAGAACAACAUCAAAACUUCAUAUAAAUCAUUACCAGAGCCGAGCAAGGCUUAUAUCAAAGCGAACGUGCUGCAAGGACUCCAGGACCGCAACACGCAAAUUCGAAACUACAUCGGAAAUGUGGUCACCGAAAUCGUGCGGCAAGGUGGCAUCAUGGGUUGGCCGCAAGUCCUGUCUGAGCUCGUCGGAAUGAUCGCGAAUCAAAGCGGUGAAGCCUCACAGGAAACCCAAGACGGCGCCAUGAGUGCACUGUUCAAGAUCUGUGAAGAUAACCGCAAAGCUCUCGACAAAGAAUAUCAAGGCCAGCGGCCUUUGGCUUCUCUCCUACCAGAGCUGCUCAAAUUCACGCGACACGACAAUCCCAAGGUUCGCUCUCGAGCACUGGCCGCUGUGAAUGUCUUCCUAGUCGAGCCAGUUGCGGUGACCUUCCAGGAGAACAUCAAUGAGAUCCUGCCAGAAAUCGUUCGCCUGUCUCAAGAUAGCAAUGACGACGUGCGGCGAUUCGUCUGUCGGUCCUUUGCACUUCUCGCGGAUUCUCUACCUCAUGUGCUCGUACCGCACGUGGAAGGCGUCAUUGAGUAUACCUUGACCCAACAGCAAGAUCGACACAACCAGGAACUGGCUCUUGACGCUGCCGAGUUCUUUUUCGAGUCCAGCAGCAACGCAGUGCUUCGAGACGCGCUCGGGCCCUAUCUUCCCCGCAUUGUCCCCGUCCUUUUGAACUGUAUGGUGUACAGUGAGGACGACCAACUCAGACUAGAAGGCGACGAAGAGGAUGCUGAGCUCGAGGACGAAGAGAAGGACAUCAAGCCGACCUUCGCCAAGGAUAAGGCUGGUCGAGCCGACGCUUCGAACGGAGCACAAACUAAUGGCCAGUCCCAGCCCGCCGUCAACGGCUUCGCUUACGAGGAUGACGAUCUCAGUGAAGGCGAAGUGGACGAGGAUGAAGAUUUUGACGAAAUCGAUCCCGAAGAGGAAUGGAACUUACGCAAAUGCUCGGCGGCUUCUCUCGAUAGCCUUGCGACACAUUUCCAUGGCUCUGUCUUCCAGGAAGUGCUUCCAUGGCUAGUGGAAAACUUCAAGCAUCAAGACUGGUCAAAUCGGGAGGCGGCAGUUCUGGCCUUGGGCGCGAUAGGUCCUGGCUGCAUGGACAACAUUACGCCACAUUUGCCCGAGCUCAUUCCACUUAUGUUGGCAUUGCUGAACGACCCUCAACCCGUUGUCAGACAGAUCACUUGUUGGUCACUCAGUCGCUUUGCGUUCUGGGCAGCCCAUGAUCCGAAUGCUCCGAGGGAUCAGUUCUUCGAACCCCUUAUGCAGGGUCUGCUGCAGCGCAUGCUUGACCACAACAAAAAAGUACAGCAGUCCGCAGCUUCAGCUUUCGCGGCUCUGGAGGAAAAGGCCAACGCUGCCCUUGCUCCAUACUGCACGAUCAUUCUUCAACACUUCGUCAAAUGCUUUGGCAAGUAUAAGGACAAGAACAUGUACAUCUUGUACGACUGUGUGCAGACACUGGCUGAGCAUGCGUCCCCCAAACUUGCCGAGCCGGAGAACGUCAAUCUACUUAUGCCUGCUCUGAUAAACCGUUGGCAGCAUGUGCAGGAUCAGUCGCGCGAAAUGUUCCCGCUGCUGGAGUGCCUCUCAUUCGUGGCCACCGCACUUGGUCCUCAAUUUGCCCCAUUUGCGGAGCCGCUCUUCAAUCGCUGCAUUAGACUCAUCCAACAGAACCUGGAAGAUGGUGCCAGCGCAGAGCAAUCGUUCAUGGACCAGCCGGACAAGGAUUUCUUGGUCACGAGCCUGGACCUUCUGAGUUCGAUCAUUCAAGCCUUGGACGAGCAGCAAAGUGCCAGACUUGCCGGCAGCGCGCAGCCAAACAUGUUCCAGAUGUUGGCGUAUUGCAUGCAAGACUCGAGCAACGACGUCCGCCAAUCGGCCUACGCCUUGCUUGGGGACUGUGCCAUCUACAUUUUCCCCCAGCUCCAGCAAUACCUGUCCGAGGUACUCAACAUUUUGAUUCAGCAACUCGGGUUGAACGACGUGCAAAACGACCCAGAAUCGACAUUUCGUGUGAUUAACAAUGCUUGCUGGUCCUGCGGAGAAAUUUCGAUGCGGCAGAAGGAGGGCAUGGCUCCAUUUGUUGACAAGCUGCUGGAGAAGCUGGCUGUCAUUAUUUUCAGCAACGAAGUGCCAGAAUCGCUCAACGAAAACGCAGCAAUAGCUCUCGGACGACUGGGACUUGGCUGCCAUGAACAGCUUGCGCCCCACCUUGCCAACUUUGCGCCGGCCUUCCUCAAGUACAUGCAGAAGGUGGCGUGGACAGACGAGAAGGGUCACGCGUACAAAGGCUUCUGCAAGGUCGUUUUGGACAACCCUGCCGCCCUCGAACAGUGUCUCCUGGACUUCUUUGGUGAGAUCGCCAACGCCCACGGUGUAUUCCUGGCUAGCAUGCAGGAAGAUGGGCCACUUCAAGACUUCGAGCAGGUCUUGAUGAAGUACAAGCAGAUGAUCGGUAGCGGCUUCGACGAUUAUCUGCACAAUCUCCCACCAGCACAGGAGAUGGCUCUUCGUCAGCUGUACUCCCUUUAGGAGAGGGAGUCAGCUGUGGCGACGUUCACGGCCCCACGCUACGCCUAUGCAUUUGCGGGAUGAUAGCGCUCGGUCGCUCGAGGCUGGCGGUGCUCCAACACAUCUACAACACAGCAAUUUUGCUCGGCGUUGUUUGCUUACGAUACCAAUUUAGAUAGCGAGGUCUUCGGUGUAGCGUUCUUGUUUUUUAUUCUCAGCGUAGCAUCUGCUCGCAUUAGGCGGCAGCGUCAAAAGAAUGUCAUGGCACGGCGUUUGGUAUGAAGACGGCGCAGUCGCAUCUGGGGGCGUGGCGGCCUGAGUAUUGCUGGAGGAUGCAGAUCGGAGACUGCGUCUACGCGGAAUGACCAUACGAGGAAAAGUACAGCGGGAAUAUAUUUGCUGGGAAGUGACAGAUGAUGGGCUACAUCCAGGCGGAGGAGGCUCUGAAGCUGCUGCGCAGGAGUAGCCGCGCGCCAGCAACGGCGCUUUUGGAAGCGUUGCGAACAUGUAGAUAGCGCCAUAGCUCGUCAAUGAUGGGCUCGCAGGAGCGACGAGCAAUGAAACAUGCCAUCGACACUUCCAGACGCGUGUUUCACGUUCGACAGCGG